AGUUUAUUUCACACAGUUGACAUGAACGACAUGACGAUGGCGGACGCUUAUAAACACAGAGAUAAGAAGCACGUACAAGCAAAGAAUUGAGUGAAGUGUAACUUGUUUUUAUGUAUUUCAAUGAAGGGAAAUAAAUUAUCCCCUAAUUACCAUUAAUAAACUUUAAGUGUUAAUAAUAUAAUAAUAAUUCUUUCAAUAAUUCUUGGAGCCUUGCGCACAGAAUCAAGCAGUGGCCGGGUUGCUCCUAUUCGUGAUGUUUGUAUAUAAAAUGCGCCUGCCAAAUGUGAUAAAUUAAUUUUCAAUCUCAUCUUUCAGAAGAGAAUGAAUAAAUACAAAAAAAUCAAUAAAACCUAAAUGAAGUAAUAACACAAAAUAAUAAUAAAUAAAAUAACAUAAAUAUUCGUGUAAAUUUAAAAUAAAAUAUAAAGUUUGAUCAAAGUGUUGAGAAGAGGAUUAAAAUCCGUCCAAUUGUUUACCUUUGGUUUACAAUACAAAUCAGAAUUCAAUUGCAAACAAAAUACCCUCAAUUGUUGAUCGAUAGAGGAAAAAUGUUCUAAAAAAACCAUUCGUUCAAUCUCAUCCAUUUACCAAAGUCUUCUAGUUCGAAACAAAAAUUUUUUUAAUCCUAAUAAAUAUUUUCUUCUUAAAUAAAUAUAUAAUGGAAGAAGAACAACAAGUUCGUGUCACUUCAUUUCUCGAAGAGACAUUUUACAUAACUUCAAAAAAAAAUACAAUCUAUCGUGUUAGAUUAACGGAAAAGGGUUUGAGUUUGAAUAAAGAAAAUAAUGGUUUAACGAAAAUUGAAUUAAUAUCAUUGUGCGAUAUUAUUGGAUGUCGAUGUAUGAGAUCGAAGAAACAAAGUGCUGGAAGCUGUGCCUGUCGAGCAUCAAAAAGUCAAUUGAGACUCGUCGAAUCAAAUGAAGUGACACAUUCAUUCGAUGAAUAUGAUACUUCCGCUUAUUUAUAUAUUUAUGCUUAUACAAUUAAAAAGGCGAGAGUUAAGGGUGCACGACGAAGGGAACGAACGACAAUAACUCUUCGCUUUCGUAGCUUUGACAAAUAUGAGGAUAAUUUACGUGAAGCGAGCCGAUGGAGAUUGGCAAUUAAGUGCCUCAUUUCCAAAAUUCCUGUACCAAAAAUUCUCAUGAGUCCAAGUCAUGGAAAUUUAGAAUCGAUAAUCAGUGCGUGUCCAUGUGAGCAGAGAAAAAUGCUGGUUCUACUUAAUCCAAAAUCAGGACCCGGAAGAGGGAGAGAAAUGUUCCAAAGGAGAAUUCAUCCAAUUCUUUUGGAAGCAGAAAAACCGUACGAGGUGCACAUUACAAAAUAUUCGAAUUAUGCGAGAGAUUUUGUUAGAAGCAAGGACAUUUAUCAAUGGAGUUGCCUGUUGAUGGUAGGCGGAGAUGGUAUAAUAUUCGAAGUAAUUAAUGGCUUAUUACAAAGGCCAGAUUGGGAGAAAGCUUUAAAGGAAUUACCGCUUGGCAUUAUUCCAUGCGGUUCUGGAAAUGGUUUGGCCAAGUCUAUCGCCUACUCUAGACAAGAACCGUACAAUAGUAAUCCAAUGCUGAUCAGCGCUUUGGCAGUUGUCAAAUCGAAACAGACGUCGAUGGAUUUGGUUCGUGUUGAAACGAAAAAUCACAUUUUGUAUUCAUUCUUGUCAGUUGGUUGGGGACUUUUGGCCGAUAUUGACAUCGAAAGUGAACAUCUUCGGGCAAUUGGUGGCCAAAGAUUUGUCGUUUGGAGCAUCGCUCGAUUAAUUGGUCUUCGCACUUAUAAAGGCACAGUGUCCUAUCUGCCGUACGAUAAGGUGCCUAUUGUCGAAAAUAUCAACAAUGGCAAUAUUUAUUGCAAGGAUCAAACCAACGAUAUCAAGAUCCCUCACUCAAAGAGCUUUGGCGAUGAAUUGGAUCGAUUUGGAGGUAUAAGAGAAUCGAAAAGUUAUCAUGACGCUCUCGACGGCGGGGCAAAUGGAUUGGCGGAUGUUUUAAAUAAUUGCAAUGAAAAUGAAAUACUGUCUGACAGCAUUGAGCUAGAAACUGAAACUCAAACGCAAACUCGACACCGAUUAGAUAGUUUUUAUUCUGCAACUUCUGUCAAGUCGACGUAUUUUAGUACCGGAUCUAUUUCCAGUUAUCACAGUAUGGACGAUCUUGAAAUUCUUGAGAAAGAAGGAGAGAAUGCUACUAAUGAGAAUGUCACCUACGGUCCUGCUUCCUCAUUGCCAGCACUUACGGCUCCGGUUCCUAAUACUUGGACACAAGUUCACGGAGAAUUCGUUAUGGUUCACGCUUCCUAUCAGUCACACUUGGGUCAAGAUUGCAUUUUCGCUCCGCACGCGCGACUCGCCGAUGGAAUUAUUUGGCUUCUAAUUAUUAAAGCUGGAAUUUCCAGAUCGCAAUUAUUUCAGUUUCUAUUGGGUAUGAGUACUGGCAGUCAUUUAUCUGUUCCUGGAGUCGAAAUGAUUCCCGUAAAAGCCUUCCGAAUAGAACCAGCUGAAAGUGUAAACGGCUACUUGACAGUGGAUGGCGAAAAUGUUGAUUAUGGAACGAUUCAAGCUGAAAUAUUUCCCUCCUUAGCAACGGUCAUGUGUCCUUGACAAACUUUUUGAAUAACAAAGUUUUCCUGUUUUUUUUUAAAGGAAACUUUUUCAUUUGAAAAAGAAAAUGAUUCUAUUUCCUAAACUAAAUAGAAUUCUCGAUUUAAUCGAUAUGAAAAAAAAUUCGAUAGAAUCAAUUGUAGAAAAAGACUUAAACUUAUGAAGCUCAAGUUUGCAUCGUUUAAAAAGCAAAACGGAAAAAAAUUAGCAGUAGAAAAGUUAAAAAAAAUAAAAUAUUAAAAAAGAAAAUUAAAUUAAUGGAAAAAGUAAUGAAAGUUAAAAAAAGAAAUUAACAAAUUUUAUACAAUUUC